GACCACUAUCGUCUUGUACAGGCGUCGCCAAAACGACGACGGCCGACCGUCAAUUAAAAUCCGGCAGAUGUGCUUAGCAUGAUCAUGUACUUAACCCGCCACGAACGAGGGUGCCCCGAUCCUCUGUACAAUACAGUACACAACAGCCGUGGUCCUCUCUCGUAUGGACUACGGUCCUUCGGUCCGCGUACAAACGAGUUCCAGGUACAGAAACCGUUGCACCGUUCGUUAGGUCGUCAGCAUGCCGAUGGCCUGUAUUCACCUACCUACCUCUAGGUUAGGGGUAGGUAGACGCUCUUUACGGCUCUGUCUUGGGGCAAUUUGGCGAGUACAGUACUGCCGUAACUAGUCAGCGCUAGAUUUAGCUGGUUAAGCCCAGUUCAGCCGAGGUCGCCGAUUUCGGCUGAAUCGGCUCAUUCAACCGACAGAGGUACUGUGCAGGCCGAUCACAUCACUGCGGAUGCGGCACACGCUCACCACAUCCUUUCACCUGGUGAGCUAUCGCCGUCGACGAGGGAGGAGGCUUUAUUAUUUGGGGGUAAAUAUCGCGCCGGGGGUUUAUUUUCCUCCUCCACUUUCUAGGCUGGCCGUGGUGCCAAUAUUUAAGGGAAAGGGCGAGUCAUUAUUCCUUUUCGGGAACUCCUCGAAACUCAGGCGUGCCUUUUUCUCCUGGGCGGACCUCCCCUUUUGUUGCUUUCCGGGUCGCAUGUCUCGGGUGUAAGAAACCAUCUUCGUUCGCCCUUGUGCCCUUUUCCAGCUUUGUGUAAGACAUCUCGAUGUGCAGGCAUGUGAUUCCAUCCGAAUGACCCACCUCGAUGAGAUGCUCGAAAUGAGGCUGGCUCCGACGAAGAGUACAAAUCGUUGGCACACGAUUUGAUAUCUCGGGCUAACUGUUCGUCCGCUCUUAUACGAGCAGCAGCGAUUCAAUCCUAUCUGAUCCUCUCUCUCUCUCUCUCUCUCUCAUGUACAACAGUGUGGUCUUGCUCUUCACCUCGAUGGGGUCUUCCCAUCCUGUUUGCUCUGUUAGUUGGUGUCCUUUUGACUUGAUCUUCGUGAGAUGAGUGCGAUCCCCAAUCGUCGUCUCGCACUGGGAAAUAUGUGUACUUCCAGAAUGAACCAGAUAAGGAGUUUGGACACGUAGACAUCAGGCUAAGAUUCCAGGACUCGAGGUCGCUCGUACAGCGCUCGGCAACUAGAUGUAGAUCUUUCUAACAGCUACAAUUUCAGAUUUCAAACUGCAUUCCGACGAGAAUGGGUAGUCAUCUCAUCAUGAAUCUAUGCACAUGUCAUUCUCCAACAUCCAAAUCUAGACAAAAGUUUUCGGCGAAACAUUCGUGCCUGUUGAUGGAAGUGCGUGUGUUAUGUGGCCUACUUCGCCUCUUGAUUCUUUUCAGACCCUGGGUGUGAGCCCUUUGCAGCGAUGCAUUCGCCUCCACUUCUUACCAACUUGCGGCCAAAGCGA